GUCACAAUUAUUCAAGAUGCUGAAAACACCAGACAUGCUCCUGCUCUUCUGUCUUGUCGGGGCAGCAAGUGCCAUGUACAAACAGUGGAUUCCUGAUACCAACUAUGAGAAUAAGACCAACUGGGACAAAGGGAAUGUUCCCUGUGGCAAUGACAUAAUUCAGUUUCCGGCUCAAAGAAAAGUGUCUGUGUUUGUGGAGACCACACAUGCUGUGCAGGAGAUGAGGAUGCCACUUGAUGGAGAGUUCAUCCUAACCUCAGGGGCUGGAUUUUAUGUUGUCGGUGGACAGGACCCAGACUGUGGAACGGGUGUCACGACUGAGUUCAAAGAUUCUGAGUCACUUCAGUGGUUCAAUCCAACUCUGUGGCAGACAGCUGCAACUCUGAAUGACCUGCAGCAAGGAAACUUCCUCUUCUCGGUCCACGACGAGAGCGUCCCCUGCCAUUAUGACGAUGUUGUUUUUAAAGCCCUCUCCUCCUUCAGAGUGGACACCAGCUCCAGUCAUUCUAGCAUUGCUGUCAAAUCUGUGUCUGUGCUGGGGAAUACAUUUACUAGCCAAUCGGAGUUCUCCCAAUAUCUCAGCUCAAGUUCAGGCAGACUGCAGUUUCAUGGAUCCUCUGCUGCCACUGUUGGAAACUCAGGCUGUGAGGAUCCCUCUGGCUGUGACUGUGGGAAUUCUGUACACCAUCAGCAGAUCUGUAGCACAAUAACAUGUGACUCGCCAAGCUGCAAGAAGCCUCUUCGCCCCAUAGGACACUGCUGUGAUGUGUGUGGUGCCAUUGUUACCAUUCAUUUUGAGGAAGGUUUUAACCUUCAGACUUACAGGGAACGAAUCCGUCACCUUUUUCUUGCCCUGCCACAAUACAAAUCCAUUAAGCUGGGGAUGUCAAAAGUCUUAAAGUCACAACGGCUGAUGGGGAUCAUCAGUCUUGGCACGUCAUCUGAAAUCCAGGUAGUAAUGCUGGAUGGAGAGAAGGGAAUACAGUCUGCAGCUUUGGCUCAGGACAUAGUGAAGGAUGCUCAUUCUCACGGCUCUAUCAUGGGAAUCACAGGAGCUGAAGUUCAAAGUGCUUCCGAGGAGCAGUCUGGAGGCAGUGCAGGGCUGGUGGUUGGAGUUGUUUUUGGAGUUUUUCUACUGAUUACACUCAUUAUUAUCUUGGCUGUAUUGAUUCGUAAGGGGGUUGUUCAAAUGCCAACUCUGAGCAGAUUUAAGAAUAACAGUGAUAUGCCAGAUCUUGGUGGGCCUCUUGACUACGGUUUUGAUAAUCCUAUGUUUGACAAGCCCUCGAUGAUGCCCGAUAUUCCUAGUCUAUAUGGGACUGGAGCUAAUAAUUCAAUCUCUAUGACUCAGACAGCUGUGCACUUUGUAAAUCCAGUUUAUGAUGAGAAUGAAACAGAUUUUAAUGUCUGAAGUUAAACAUCAGUUAGCACUUAAUGACAGAGCACUUUCAAAUAUGGUGAUUUUAAAGC